CCUAGAGAGAAUAAGAGGAGCGCGCCUACAAAAUGGGACCGCCGCGGCUCCCGUGGCAGGUUUCAGAGGUGAAGGGAGUCGAGAGCGCGAUACUUCUCUGGAACGAUGCAGAUCUUCGUGAAAACCCUAACGGGGAAGACCAUAACUCUCGAGGUCGAGAGCAGUGAUACCAUCGACAACGUCAAGGCCAAGAUCCAAGACAAGGAAGGGAUUCCGCCAGACCAGCAGCGUCUGAUCUUUGCGGGAAAGCAGCUCGAGGAUGGACGAACCCUCGCCGACUACAACAUCCAGAAAGAGUCAACGCUGCAUCUGGUGCUGAGGCUGAGGGGAGGGAUCAUAGAGCCCUCUCUCAUGGCUCUGGCCAGGAAGUACAACCAGGACAAAAUGAUCUGCCGAAAGUGCUAUGCACGGUUGCAUCCAAGGGCUGUGAACUGCAGGAAGAAGAAGUGUGGCCACAGCAACCAGCUGAGGCCUAAGAAGAAGAUCAAGUAAAUGCUUGCAUGGAUGAAGUUCAUUUUGUUCUUGGAAUUCAGAUCUUUUAUUAGAUUAGCUUGGAAUUAAGACUUCCAUUUUCCUAAUUAUAUCAAUGACAGACUACUACUUGGAGCUUGUUUUGAGAACUAUUUAGUAGUUUUAACCGAUGAAGUUGGAAAAAAAACAAAGCUUUUUGUUGAAUUUUAAGUAGAUUUUUGCUUUAUUGUA